UUCUGAAAUAAGUGUGAGAAGAUUCUGUGUUCAGCACAACCUUAAGCGAAAAAGACAUGUAUCGGACACAGAACUGGAGAGGGCUGUGGUUGGAUCAAUAUAUGAAACGGGCCCAUCUUAUGGCCGCAAGUUCAUGACUGGAUAUCUGUCUUCAAUGGGAGUGCAUGCAGGAGAAUGUCGAGUUGGGAAAAUCCUCAGAGAGAUUCAUCAGCCAUACCACGAAUUCCGACGUCAGGGUGCUCGUAAUCUAAAUCCCAUCCCGUAUCAUGCGGAAUAUAUGGGCCAUAAAAUUCACAUGGACCAAAACGAGAAGCUUGUGAUGUUUGGAGUGACACACGUCGUGGCAGUUGAUGGCUACAGCGGCAAAAUUGUUGCCAAUGCCACCAUGCCAGUGAAAAACAACCUUGUGAUUUAUGAGGAAGUUUACAGAUCUGCAGUGGUUAACCAUGGGAUGUGGGACCAACUCAGGGUCGACCAUGGCAGGGAGUUUUACAUGUGCUUGUACAUGCAAGAGAUGCUGUCAAGACAUAUACACAACCCUAGCAGGCCACCAUACCUUCAAACAACAUCAACAAGGAAUCUUCGAGUGGAAAGGAUUUGGCCCGAGGUGAACAAUCGCGUUAACUACCCAUUGAAACAGGCCCUGGUACACCUGCUGGACCAAGAAGUCCUCAACAUGGAGGACAAUAUGACUAAAUUCUGCAUUUCAAACCUGACAUGUCAAUUAAGCCAAAUUGGACUAGGCAGAGUGGUGCAAUCGUGGAAUGCACACAGGAUCCCAGGACGUGGGAUACCCAAUGAACUUGCAGCAGGUGGCUGUCCAGCUAAAAUCUCUGAAGAGCUGCUGCCCAAUGCCUCUGUUGUGGCAAACAUGUAUGAGCAAGAGUUUGGAUCCUCGCUAACUUGGGUGUCAGUUUUUGGAACUGACCCAUUUUCAUCUGAGGAGGAUAGAUGUCAUGCAGAACAAGACUUUGCAGAAAACUACCCUGACAUCUCUCUUCUUUUUAAUCAUGUGGUAAAUAAUGACUAUACACCUUUCCAAGAUGCCUUGUGCCUGUUCUCCACCUCCACUGAAGUAAGCCUGCCUCCUGACCUGCCUGCUUGCCUCUGGAUUCUCCUACCUGUCUACUCCUGCCUGUACUGUCGCCUUCGUGGACUGAUCACCCGGUUACUGAACCUGUCUAAUACCUCACCAUCACCAAUGGAUCCAACAGAACUGCAAGCGCGACUGUCACAACAGGAGGAGAGAAUUGAGGAGAUGUGUCAGUUGUAUGACAAUCUGUGCCCACGCCUCCUCCAUCCGGUCACUCAUCACCCGAGCCAGUUCACCUGCGACAAGAACAAGGUGGAUUUCGUCAUCUCCCUACUGAUGGACAAAGCCCUGGACUGGGCCACGGCAUUAUGGUCUGCCAACAGCCCCGAACUGGGCUCAGAGGCUUAG